AUGAAGAAAUUAUUCAAAUCUUCAAAGAAUGAUGUUGCAGCAUGUCCUCAUCCUACCAACAUGUUCUUCCAAUAUAAAUUUAACACCCAUGAAUUCAAGUUAUUUGUGGCCGGUGAAGAAAAUACAUCCUCUUCCAAUAAUAAUGGAAAUACCAUUUCAAAGAAACCAUCAUUCUUGAAUUCGGCAGCAAACUUUUGGCCAACGGUUCAUGCCAAUCACACAGUAUUGGCUAUUUCUAAAGAUUUAUUCAUAUUCGGAGGAAAUUAUUUGAAAUGGAAUGAUCUUACACAAGAUUCUUCGAACUCAGUUUCAGAUGCUACAAAAAAGGUGUCCUUUGUGUAUGUCUUUGAUUUGAAGAAGAAGAAAUUUGAUCAACCUAAAUUACCAAGUUUUAGUAUUCCAAAACAAGCCUCACACGAUUCUUCUCAAGCCUCAGUGAGUACCUCCUACUCAGCAUCAAGCAGUACAGACAGUCUUGGAGAUGGUACCAUGCAUCCUAUCCAUAUUCCUCUUCCUAUUGAAGACGUUGAUACCAAACAAAAGGAAAGAAGAAGUAAUUUGUUAGAUUCGAUUAAAUUAUUCGGAAGAGAGAGAAAGGGAUCUAUACACGAUCAUCGACAACUCUCCACAGAUAUUCGUGAUAUUGCACCUCCAAACCGAUUUGGACACUCUGUUAUUAACGUGAACGGUAUUGCUUAUGUGUACGGUGGAAGACUUAGGAAACCCUAUUUGAGUGGACAUCCUGAUCAAGUGAAUCCAUACUCAGACGAAUCAGUGUAUAGCUACAAUUUCAAGAGCUCUCAAUUCACUCGACUCAAAAUUAAGAGUUUAGAAAAGCCUCAUCCAAGAAUGUUCCAUGCCAUGGUUGAAAUCCCUGAAAACAAUUGCUUCUUAAUGAUGGGUGGACACUCUGCAAAUGAAAAAGUUCUUGAUGAUGAAGGAUUAAGCAUGAUGAUGGAAGACUCGCAAAGCAGUACAUCCUCAACCACCACACCAACGUUGAAAUACUUUUCCGAUUGCUACUUGUUUGAUAUUUUGAGAGGUGAAUGGACUCUGGUGAAACAGAAAGGUCAUCUUCCACUCUGUGCUGAAACUGAAUGCAGAUCUCCGGUAGCACUCGCUCGAACGAAAGAUGGUAACUUUUUGUGUGUUGUCAAGAAUGGGCAAUCUGGUAGUUUAGAGGUAUAUGAAGGAAAGCUGUCUUUCUGA